AUGCGUUUCUCUGUCGGGAUCCUACACUUGUUCGUGGCUGGCUCAGUCGCCAGACGCCCUCCGUACAAUGAGAAAGUCGUCGAGCGGGACGUCGUCAUCAUUGGUGGAGGGUCCUCGGGUACAUAUGCUGCCGUCCGCCUGAAGGAGGAAGGCAAAUCUGUCGUGGUGCUUGAGAAAGAGGACCAUCUCGGCGGUCACACAGUCACUUACACUGAUCCCGACACACACCAGCCAUUCAAUCUAGGUGUCGUCGUCUUCCAUGAUUCUCCCAUCGUCCGAAACUAUUUCGCCACCUUCGGAGUCGCUGUUAACACGGCUGGAUUCUCGGCUCUCAACACAGCAUAUUACGACUUCUCGACCGGCCGGGCUGUAAACGGAUUUACGCCCGCUUCUCAACAAGCCUCAGGGGCAGCCGUUCAAAAGUACGCCCAGAUCAUCGCAACCAAGUAUCCCUAUCUCGCCUUGGGAUACGACCUGCCAGACCCCGUGCCCAAGGAGCUUUUGGCGCCGUACUCGGAAUUCAUCGAGGCGAAUGGUUUGCAGGACAUGGUUCAGCUGGUCAACAGCAUCGCAGGCUGCAAUGGCAAUCUUCUCGAACGACCAACACUAUACGGAAUCAAGGUCUUCGGUCUACUCCUCAUCCAAACACUGUCGACUGGCUUCAUCAAUGCUGCGUCAGGUGAUAACCUGGAUCUCUACCGCGGAGCCCAGCAUUUCUUGGGACAGAAUGUUGUGUAUAACGCAGACGUUCGAAAGAUUAAGAGAUCCCAUGACAGUGUUCAGGUCUGGGUCAAUACACCCAAAGGAAAAAUUCUUGUCAAGGCAAAGAAGCUGGUCCUUGCUAUCCCGCCCUUGAAGGAGUAUCUUCAGGACAUUGGUUUGGACAUGACUCAGGAGGAAUCCGAUCUCUUUUGCAAGUUCAAGGGUUUCCUGUAUGGAUCAGCUGUCUUUGAGUACAGCGGCAUCGGCACCAAGACAGCAUACACUAACAUUGGAACGAAUACCCCAUCCAACCUUCUGAAGCUACCCGGAUCAUACACGAUCAACCCACUUGUCGGAAAGGUCGCGACGAAUAAGAUAUCCAGUUACAUCGGCGGCCUCGACCCCAGCAUGACCAAGAAGGAAGUCAAGCUCCUCAUUGAAAAGGAACUCGGAAACCUAGCAAAGGCAGGAAAUAUUGGACAUGGCAAGGCGCAUUUCAAGUUCUACUCGGACCAUGCUCCGUAUCACAUCCACGUCUCAGCCAACGACAUCAAGCAAGGUUUCUACAAGAAGCUUUACGCGCUCGAAGGAAAGACGAACACAUUUUGGACUGGAGCAGCAUUCGUGGAUAACGACAGCACACUGAUCUGGACUUGGACAGAAGCUUACUUGCUUCCACUCAUCAGUCAAGCUUUGAAGUGA